AUGUCUGACGACGAACAAAAAAGCUGGCCUCAAUAUGUUGGUCAAGAUGCGAGUGAAGUUGAACAGAAAAUAAAAGAUGAAGGCUAUGAACCUGUAAUAUUACCACAAGGUUCACCAACUACACGCGAUUAUCGUCUCGACCGUGUUCGUAUAUUCGUUGAUAACAACAACAAAGUUGUUCAAACACCUACCAAUGGUUAA